AUGGCGGGAACCGAGCAGAAGCAGCUCCUAGCUCUGAUUCGCGACUUCGCCUCUGAGAAACCGCAAGGAGAGAGAAGACUGAUUGGUUCGAAGAAACGAGAUCAAGACCUCCACGCCGAGCUUGAAAUUGUGAAUGCGGAGGUAGACCAGGCUAAGCGGUUCAAGGAGAGUGCCGAACAGAAGCUCAAAGGCUACGAGAUUGAAUUAUCCAUGCUUGAUGCUUCGGUUCAGACGAUGCAGUCGAGAAAUUCUCUGCUCCAAAAUCAGAUCUCCGCAGCCGGAUCUGAACUGGAGAAGCUUAAGAUGUUGGAGGUCAACUCUCGGCUAAGGAAUUUCCACCAGAUGGUAUCAAGUGAGACUGCUGCAGAGAAGACAGGUACUGAAGUUGAUCAAGGAAAUCUUGAUGCUAUGCUUACACAAGUCAACUCUGAGAUAGCAAAGGAGGCACAAGCAUACCAAGCUGAGGAAAAUGUUCAGAAGCAAAUCCAGCUGGAGUAUGGUGACCUUGAGGGGAAGAUUUCUUUGGUAGAGACAAUAAUGAAAGAGUGUGAAGCAUUGCAGGAUUUAAGAAGAUAUCCUUGGUUCUGUCUACUCCAUCUUUCAUUUAGAAUUUGA